AUGACUCUCCCCAACGAGCCCGUCAAAGUCACCGGUGGCUGCUCUUGCGGCGCCGUCCGCUAUCGCGUUGACGUCCCUGCACUGGAACACCGUCCAUUGAACCCUUUCGCCCCUCCUGCCUUGGAGAUCAAACUCCCAGGCGCGAUGACAUGCCACUGCAAUGACUGCCGUAGAUCGACUGGCUCGUUCCUGGCAGUUGGCGUACUUGACGUCCCAGCGCCUAUGCUCACCGUCUCUGCAAUGCCACCCUCAUCUGAAUCCAAUAUCAUUUCUGGCCGCAUCUUGGACGUCCUCGCGGAUGAUUAUGACGCUGCCAAAGCAGACGCGGUCCGUCCUCCAUACAUCCCAGCCAUGGAAGUUCUCCGUGCAACAGGAGAGACCAAAACUUGUCUGCGCUUCUUUCACUCCGUCAAAUGCAAUUCCGACGUAUCGCGCAGCUUUUGUGGACGUUGCGGAACGGAGUUGUGUUUCCACUUGAAAUUAGAGCCAGAAUAUUGCGCUGAUGGGAAAUUGCCUGACGGAUGGCGGGACUCUUUUCACUUGAACCUUGGAACUCUGGAUCGCGAGUUUCUUGAGAAGGAUUGGCUCAGUCCUGGUAGUGAAGUAAUGUUUAAGCACGGGACGCCUCUCAGUCGACGUGUUUCUGCGACGGCCAAGGGACUGAAGGACCUACCAAAGAUGCAAGAGUUUGAUGAUGAGGUUACUGAGGAAGAGCUGGCGACCUUGAGAACGUAG